AUGUCCCACAUUGCGGAUGCUCUCCAGCUCGUCACUAAGGCAAACCCGUCUGUGCCGCGGCCGAGACUCUCCGAGGCAGUUGACCUCAUAGAAAAACAAAUUCGCCUUCAAAUACGACUUGUUCAAGGCUCUUCCCCGAGUGAAAAAUCGUGCGACUUGCAAAAGUCUACACUUAAGGAGCAUGUAGGCCAACUGCUUGUUCAUGAUCAUCCUUCAGAACAGCCAAACACUGCGCGGACAACUCUCCCUUCUCCAGCACAAUCUCGUUCUGAGUUCUGGACAUCGUUCCUUCAAACUUCACAUCUGCUUGUGCCUAGUGUUGUCCAGGAGUCUGAUUCUCAUUCCUCGGGGCUAGAAAUGUCGAUCAUCAGAAACCGACCAAUUCCAUAUGCAACGACAUCAUUUACGCAACGUCUGUUCCGUGCCUGUGCAGAAAAUGGAUAUAAAUACUUGAUGAACGACAAGGUGUCUGACCAAGCCAUUUGGCCGGAAUUCGGACUCAUGCUGCAAAAUUUGCCACGAUCCGAGAUCGCAUUAUAUUUCAGACGAGUUGUGACGACAGUCCCUUGCAAUCCCCUUGAAGAUCCCCGAUUCCCCUUUAUAAGCUUUGGCGGGGCGGGGACGCAUUUCCAAGCCCCAGACACGAGAACAGAAGCGACAAGUACCCAGCCAUCACAUCGUAUUCAAAACGCAAAUGGAAUAAUUAGGAUUCCUUGCGACGAGGAGUGGUUUGAUGUUCAUGACGUGGAAGGAUUUCUAAUACACUGUGGUUUUCAAUUGGAGAAUACGCCUUCACCCCCUUCAAAUAGAGACUUUCGGGGCUUAUACUCGUCGCAAAAUAUUUCAUCAGCUACGGUCAGCCCAACAGCGUCGCCCCAUCUUCUCAUCGCAAAUCAGGCCAAUACUAUUGAACCACCAAGCGCCUCUAUAAACGAACAUGCGCUUAUUGAAGGUGAGUAUUAUCAGGUCAAGGCAAAUAAAGGUCAUUAA